AUGAGCCCCCUAGAAGAAACCAGCAAAGGAUCCGCCUUGCCAGCGUACGAACCAUCGUCAAUUAGCAGAGCGAUGGACGACGCAAAAGCCCUCCGUGAGGCGACAAGCGGCUUUCGCACAGACAAAAAAGCCCUAAUCCGAAUUAUUCCAGCUGUGUCUUUAGAUUCACAGCAAAUGGCAUUGCUUCAACAGACCUAUACGCAGCUGUACCAUCGAGACCUCGAGGAGGACAUUCGCGGACAUAUACCUUCAUUUUUCAAGGAUGCCAUUUUGGGAAUGAUAAAUGGCCCAACUUGGUCUGAUGUUGAGCGUCUGCGACAUCUCUUCUUGGAGGAACGUGAAGACAUGACUAAUUUCGUGUUAUGUCAGAUCAUCUUUUACCGCACCCAAGCCAAGCUUGAAGCACUUAAGGAGAUGUACGCUCAAAAAUGUUCGGAGUCAUUGAUCGAAUGUGUCAAAUGGCUUGUCAAACAUCGCUGUUGGGGGAGUACCGCGCAGCUAACCGGGCAGCUACUCAUUAAGUACCUGGAGACUGUGCGAUGUGAAGAUGGUACCGAUGCACUCGACGCGCAAAGCAUCCGCGUCGACGCACAACUCUUGCACCAAGGAAUCUGGCGAAAAGGCGAAGAGAUGGACUAUGUUUUGGAUAUCCUGGCCAGGUCUUCACGUGAGAGGCUUACCGCCCUGAUGGACGAGUUUGAAGCAAUUUACGCCAUUAGCCUCGUGGAUUACAUAGAAAAGAAAAUCACGGGUGCUCUUCAGCUCACUUUGCGGUGGCUUCUGUCAUGGGCAGAAGAUCCCAUACAGUAUAGCCGGGAUUGUCUCAUCCAACUGUGGCCCAUCAAUAAUCGAGCGAAUAACAUACGCGCCAUCAAUCAUACUAUGGUCUGGGCUCAUUGGAACCGAACUCUGUUCGAGGCUGGAAAGAUGAGGCUGCGUUAUACUAGGUGCAAUUUGAGAAAGGAAUUGGAGAGGGGGCUCUUCGAUGAUUCUUAUCGAGAGCUGAUGUUCAAGAUAUGUGAUGGAAACUAUUGA